AUGAGGCAUAUACCUGGUGGGACUACUGUUCAGCAGCGGGUAUCAGCAGAUCAGCGUACAUGGCAAUUCUUCUUGGAUGAAUUCAAGAAGAAGUUCAUUACAGAGGCUUACUUAGAUGUAAGAAGGAAAGAAUUCUUAUACCUGAGGCAGAACAGACUGUCAGUUGCCGAAUAUGAGCGAGAGUUUACCAGGCUCAGCAGGUAUGGUAAGGGGAUAGUGACUACAGAGACCGAAAGGUGUAAAAAGUUUCAAGAAGGCUUGAAUGAUGAGAUUCAGAUGGGAGUGGUAGCUUCCAGAUUCAGAGAGUUCUCAGCUUUGGUAGAGGCAGCUCAGGAGAUAGAGCGAAUUCAGGCAGAGGAAUUGGUAAGAGGCACCAGUACCGGUAGAGGUGCAGAGUCAGCCGGUUAUCCGUAUCCACCUUGUGAGCAUUGUGGUAGACGACAUGGUGGAGAUUGUUGGUUGGUGGCCGGUAAAUGUUGGACAUGCGGAGCAUCAGACCAUCAAAAGAAAGACUGUCCGAGGAAGGCAAGAGUUCCUACCCAGUUCAUAGCAGGUAGAGGUAGAGUUUCUGCUUUAAUUGAUCCUGGAUCAUCUCAUUCAUACAUUAGCGUACCUAACCUUGGGUUAAAGGGUUAG